GCGAUAGUGUGGCUGUAGUCGGCCGGCUGGACGAGGAGCUGGACAAGACGAUUGAUUGGACAAAGGUGCAUGGGGAGGUUCUGGGGAGUACGAGACAUUCAUGAUCGUGGAGGGUGGGAAAUUGCUGGACACAGGGCGCGUGAGGAGGGAGGGGAGGGAUGCUGUUUGGUUGGAUUUGCAUACGGAGGGAGGGAUGAUGUUUGGUUGGAGAUGCAUACGGAGGAUGGUUUGCAGGGACGUGAUACCCAAGAUACUGGAAGAAAGACACAGAACGACGAAAUGUUUGCCUAUACCCAUGAUGAAUUUACUCGAGAGCGACAGGAAGUUAUCAACACAUCAACGCUAUACCUAACGCCAUCCAUGCACAUCAAUCCCUGA